GCCCCGGGAGCUUCACGUGUGUACCGCGCUUGCCAUGAACCUGCUGCGAGCCGCCGCGGCCGCGGCUCUGGGGCGCAGGCCGCUCCCUUGGGUGCCCGCCGCGUCGCGCUGGCGGGGGAAGCAGGCUAAUUGGAGGUUCUGCCGAUGGUGCUCGUCAGGAGUGGUGCCUAAUGAAAAGAUACGGAAUAUUGGAAUCUCGGCGCACAUCGAUUCUGGGAAGACUACACUCACGGAGCGAGUGCUGUACUACACAGGCAGGAUUGCAGAGAUGCAUGAGGUGAAAGGGAAGGACGGUGUCGGCGCUGUCAUGGAUUCCAUGGAGCUGGAGCGGCAAAGAGGGAUCACCAUUCAGUCCGCGGCCACCUUCACCCUGUGGAAAGACGUCAACAUCAACAUCAUCGAUACUCCGGGUCACGUGGACUUCACGAUCGAAGUCGAAAGGGCUCUGAGAGUCUUGGAUGGAGCAGUGCUGGUUCUUUGUGCCGUGGGAGGCGUGCAGUGCCAGACCAUGACCGUGAACCGUCAGAUGAAGCGCUACAACGUCCCCUUUCUCACGUUCAUAAACAAGCUGGACCGGAUGGGCUCCAGCCCCACCAGGGCUCUGCAGCAAAUGAGGUCCAAGCUCAAUCAUAAUGCGGCAUUCAUGCAGAUACCCAUUGGUUUGGAAAGCAAUUUUAAAGGUGUUAUAGAUCUUAUCGAGGAGCGAGCCAUCUAUUUUGAUGGAGACUGUGGCCAGAUUGUUCGAUACGACGACAUUCCGGCUGAAUUCCGGGCAGCGGCCGCAGACCACCGGCAGGAGCUGAUCGAAUGUGUUGCCAAUGCAGAUGAGGAUCUUGGGGAGCUGUUCCUGGAAGAAAAAGUACCCUCAGUGUCUGACAUAAAGCUUGCAAUCCGAAGAGCCACAAUAAGUAGAAGCUUUACCCCUGUCUUUUUGGGAAGCGCUUUGAAGAACAAAGGCGUCCAGCCCCUCUUAGACGCCGUUGUAGAGUACCUGCCGGACCCCUCGGAGGUCCAGAAUCACGCUGUGCUCCAUCAGGAGGGUGAAUCAAAGGAGAAAACCAAGGUCUUGAUGAGCUCCAAAAGAGACAACUCUCACCCCUUUGUUGGCCUGGCUUUCAAACUGGAGGCAGGUCGAUUUGGGCAGCUGACGUACGUUCGUAGUUACCAGGGGGAGUUGAAGAAGGGUGACAACAUCUAUAACACCAGGACGAGAAAGAAAGUGCGGGUGCAGCGGCUGGUUCGCAUGCAUGCCGACAUGAUGGAGGAUGUUGAGGAAGUGUAUGCCGGAGAUAUCUGUGCAUUGUUUGGCAUUGAUUGUGCAAGUGGAGACACAUUCACAAACAAAGAUAAUAGUGGCCUUUCCAUGGAGUCUAUUCAUGUUCCCGAUCCUGUCAUUUCAAUAGCAAUGAAGCCUUCCAACAAGAGUGAUCUAGAAAAAUUCUCAAAAGGUAUUGGCAGAUUUAUAAGAGAAGACCCAACAUUCAGAGUCCACUUUGACACCGAAAGCAAAGAGACCAUCGUCUCCGGGAUGGGGGAACUACACUUGGAGAUCUAUGCUCAGAGGAUGGAAAGAGAAUACGGCUGCCCCUGUGUCACAGGAAAGCCUAAAGUUGCCUUUCGAGAGACCAUUGCUGGCCCUGUCCCGUUUGAGUUUACGCAUAAGAAGCAGUCAGGUGGUGCGGGCCAGUUUGGGAAGGUAAUCGGCGUCCUCGAGCCUCUGGAGCCAGAGAACUACACGAAGCUGGAGUUUGCCGAUGAAACCUUCGGGGCAAAUAUUCCAAAGCAGUUUGUGCCUGCUGUAGAAAAGGGGUUUUUGGAUGCCUGUGAGAAGGGCCCUCUCUCUGGUCACAAACUCUCCGGGCUCCGGUUUGUCCUGCAAGAUGGAGCGCACCACAUGGUUGAUUCCAAUGAGAUCUCUUUCAUCCGAGCGGGAGAAGGUGCACUCAAACAAGCCCUGGGAAAUGGAACAUUAUAUAUUCUUGAGCCUGUUAUGUCCGUGGAAGUGAUAGCCCCAACUCAGUUUCAGGGAACAGUGAUAGCAGGGAUUAACCGGCGCCACGGGGUCAUCACUGGCCAGGAUGGAAUUGAGGACUAUUUCACACUGUAUGCCGACGUUCCUCUAAACGAUAUGUUUGGUUAUUCCACUGAACUCAGGUCCUGCACAGAGGGCAAGGGAGAAUAUACAAUGGAGUAUUGCAGGUAUCAGCCAUGUGUACCAGCCACCCAGGAAGAGCUUAUUAAUAAGUAUUUGGAAGCUACAGGUCAACUUCCAGUCAAAAAAGGAAAAGCCAAGAACUAACUUUCUUCACUAAGACUGUCAAACUUCCUUAGAAUCUGCAACGCUAGACACUUAGCUGAAUUCCACGGGGACGGAUGAGGGCUGCUGAAACAGGGAUUGUCGAAGCCCGUCCUCAUAUUUGGGAGUUUCUGUUGCAUUCAGAGAUAAGUCUGCAUAAUAUCUCAACUAUGGUGGAUUUUAUAGUUUCUUGAAAGGUGGAAAAUGUGAUUUCUGAGAUAUAUUUAAUAUUUAUUUAAGGGAGGAAGAGGCUAAUUUUAGUUAUACUUCUAAGUUUAGAAAGUAUAAACUAAAAAAAAAAAGACAUAGGAAUUUUCAACCUAUAGAAAAGGUGUAAAUAAUACAAAGACUGUCCUUAUGCCUCCCAUCUCGAUUUACCAAGUAGCAAUUUUAAAAAAACAAUUCACCCUAUCAUAAUAAUUUGUUUUCUUAGAUUUGAUUCAUAUAUUUGUCUAUUAACUAUCUAGCUUUGUCUCAUGCCUCUAUGUAUUUUUAAGACUUUAAAAAUCACUUUGCUGAACAUUGAAAAGUGAAUUUCAUACAUCAUGACACUUGUGGGCCUUUAACUCUUAAUGCACAGCCUUUUUUCUUAUUAGUUGGGAUUUAAUACAUACAUCAUUCCAAAUUUCAGUCAAGUAGAAUGUAUAAUUGCUACCACAGUCAGUGUCCAAACAGUCUUCUCUACAUGGACUCCUUGACAUGAUCUCCCUUUUGCCCCACCUCCAUCACUCAGACCCCCAACCCCCACCCCGGAAUCCCUUAUUUUACUUGCUGCCCCUCUAGGUCCAUCGAUCCUAGGUUUCACACACUGGAAAAUGGAAAAGCAUAUUACACAUCUUCAAGUGGGUGACCUCCAUUGACAUAACACCUCUGAGAUACGCUCUAAUACGAACAAACAACAAAAACUGAAGAAAACAACACAAACCAAAAAUACAGAAGAUUCUGGAAACCACAUUAGUGGAUAGCCUUUUUAUGUCAGAGAGUGGAUUCUGUAUGAUCUAGAUAUAUAACAUUUUUCAAAUUCUUCACUAGGAUAUUAGAGAACUGGUUAAAGCUUUGUUUUAUGUAUAGCUGAUUGGUUAAAAUUGUGGCUUCUGCAAUUCACUUUUAGCUGCCUCUGCUAAAAAUGUAAAAAAACUGCCUUGUAUUUCUAUGUGAAGUGAGAAAUAGGCCCUUACACGUGAUGUGCUUGUCUAUCCAUCUUGAUGUUUCUGCAGCCCUAAAUAAUAAAAUAUGUUUUACAG